AUGGCCUGCUGUUUAAGUGAAGAAGCACGCGAACAGAAGCGUAUUAAUCAAGAAAUUGAAAAACAGUUACAAAGGGAUAAACGAAAUGCAAGACGUGAACUUAAACUCCUACUUCUCGGUACGGGAGAAUCAGGUAAAUCGACAUUCAUCAAGCAAAUGAGAAUAAUUCAUGGAAAUGGAUAUUCAGAUGAAGAUAAACGUGGUUAUAUUAGAUUAGUUUAUCAGAAUGUGUUUAUGGCAAUACAAGCGAUGAUACGUGCUAUGGAUACAUUAAAUAUUCCAUAUGGAAAUCAUUCCACUGAUUUGCAAGAUAAAGCGAAUGUUGUACGAGCAAUAGAUUAUGAGAAUGUUACAUCAUUCGAAGAGCCAUAUGUAUCAUACAUUCAAGAUUUAUGGGAAGACAGCGGUAUACAACAGUGUUACGAUCGUCGAAGGGAAUAUCAGUUAACUGAUUCGGCUAAAUAUUAUUUGUCAGAUUUGAGGAGGUUAGCAGCUCCUGAUUAUUUACCAACUGAACAAGAUAUUUUACGUGUUCGUGUACCUACUACUGGUAUUAUUGAAUAUCCUUUUGAUUUAGAACAAAUUAUAUUCAGAAUGGUUGAUGUAGGCGGACAGAGGUCCGAACGGCGGAAAUGGAUUCACUGUUUCGAAAAUGUUACAUCAAUAAUGUUCCUUGUCGCACUCUCUGAAUAUGAUCAAGUUUUAGUGGAAUGUGAUAAUGAGAAUCGUAUGGAAGAAUCGAAGGCACUUUUUCGUACAAUAAUAACAUAUCCGUGGUUUACAAAUUCUUCAGUUAUUCUCUUUUUAAAUAAAAGGGAUCUCUUAGAAGAAAAAAUACUUUAUUCUCAUCUUGCUGAUUAUUUCCCUGAAUAUGAUGGUCCAUCGCGGGAUCCAAUUGCUGCUCGAGAAUUUAUUUUGAAAAUGUUUGUUGAUUUAAAUCCAGAUGCGGAUAAAAUUAUUUAUUCUCAUUUUACAUGCGCUACUGACACGGAAAAUAUUCGUUUUGUAUUUGCUGCAGUAAAGGAUACAAUAUUACAACAUAAUUUAAAAGAAUAUAACUUGGUAUAA